CUGCAAGUGAAUGGUCCUACCAAGAUGUCAUGACAUGGGGAAACAAAUUUCCAAAAUGUAAUGGCCAACAGCAGUCGCCAAUACAUCUUCAAACUUCCAAGGUUAUUUCCAGGAAAUUAGCACCCAAUAUACCCACCAAUAUCAUACAUCUUUAUUACCAAGUUUACACAACGAAACAGACUCAAGUUCAAACCCAUUCAAAAUCAUAUUUCCCCUCAUUGCCACCCAUUACAUUCCACAACUACAAUGUUCCGCUGGCGGGUAAUUUGGUCAUGAAAAAUAAUGGUCAUUCAAUUGAAAUGGAAAUUCCGCCAACAACAAAUGGGGCCAGACCCAGUAUUAGCGGUGGAAAGUUGCCGGGUGUAUUUGAAGCCAUGGGUUGUCAUUUCCAUUGGGGUAGUAGGACAAGCAAGGGCGCUGAACAUGUUAUCAAUGGACAACGUUACGAUGCUGAGUUGCAUAUUGUCCACAAAAAUGUGAAAUAUCCAACAAUUGCCCAGGCAGCAGCAUAUCCCGAUGGGUUGGCUGUAUUGGGUAUUAUGCUGAAUAUUGCAAGGCGUGUCUAUCGCGUCUAUCCCGGCCUUAAUGAUAUGAUGAACCGAGUACCCAAUGUCGCCAGAUACCAAUCAACCACUCCGGUGGGCACACAAAUGUCUUUAUCGAUGCUUUUGGGUGAUAUCAACACAAAUCAAUAUUAUACCUAUGAGGGUUCUCUCACCACACCCGAUUGUUCGGAAGCUGUAACAUGGACUGUAUUCCCUCAACCUUUGUACGUUCCCGCUGAACAAAUGCAGAAAUUCUGGUCAACUCGUGACAACACAGGAGCUCCGUUGAUUAACAAUUACAGACCCGUACAGUCCAACAAUAAUCGUUUGGUAUUUUAUCGCGGUUAA